AAAAUGUUCAAUAAUUGUGCUUAUAUAUACACACACACGCACAUACAUACACACACCAACCUAAUCUUGAUAUAUCGAUCAACAAAAAAAGUAAACGAAACAACCAUGGCAGCACCAACCGAAGUUAAUAAGAUCCUCAAGGGCAGAAGAAAAUCAUCAUCCCGAGGCCACAACCGGUUUGUCGGAGUCCGUCAAAGGCCGUCCGGCCGGUGGGUGGCUGAGAUCAAAGACUCUCUUCAGAAGGUCAGGCUUUGGCUCGGAACAUUCGACACAGCCGAGGACGCAGCUCGCGCCUAUGACACAGCCGCUCGUGCUUUGCGUGGCCCCAAUGCUCGCACCAACUUCGACUUGCCAAAUCCUGCCACCGCCGGCGCCACCCAACACGGUGGCAGUUUAAGCUGCAUGCCGGAGAACCUCGAGCCCUUCUCUUUCGAGGACACCGGGGCGGAUCAUCACGACCUUAUCGGAGCCCUCAAGGCCAAGCUAUUUGAUGACAAAGGAGGAGUAGUGAGGCUUCCUUCUCAAUUAUCUAACAAUAAUCUGAUCUUGAAUACAGGAUCUGUAAACCCUAAUAAUAAUCCUGGGUUUACAAGCACGUCUUCAUCAAGCACAAGCGCAAGUAAUGCUAAGAGCAAUCACACUAAUAAUGAUAACUGUAACAAGCUUAUCUCAGAUCUAGAUCAUGGGGGUUCUGUAGCAAGAAAUAGUCCAUGGUCCAAUAACAAUGAGAUAGCUAAUUAUGAAUUGCCUUGGCCUACAUGUCCUACACAGGUGAACCAUGUUGCUGAAAAUAAUAGUAGCUUGUUUACCCCUUCAAAUAAUUCUCCAUGGCCAUUAUCUGGCGUUAUUGAUCAGUCUGUGAUGAAUAUGAUGUAUUCAGAUUAUGUGGAUGUAUUAGUAGACAAGAACUUUAUUAACGUCGAACAUGAUUCAUCAGAUAGAGUCUUAGGAUACUCUGAUUGUAAUAACAACCAAACUAUGUUGUAUUAUUCUGAUCAUAAUCACAGAGCUUCAAAUAGCAAUACAAGUAAUGCUCAAAUUGGAGGACUACCCCAAGGGUUCUGGACACCAGAUCAUCAGCAACAUCAGCAGCAGCAAGUUCUUGUGCAGUGUGACAAUAAUGGUGGUGGCUGGUUUAGUUCGAGUAAUAAUGGUACGUGGGAUCCUUUGCUUUUUGUGUCGUCUCAGCUAGGUUGAUUGUUUUAAUUUGAUAAGUCAAAGGAAGCUAUAUGUAUGUAUAUUGAUUAUUUUUCAUCUUGAAGUAUUCAUCAUUCUUUUAAAGUCAGAUCAUCGUGAUAGAAGAUAUGGUUUGUGUACUCAAAUUCAGAUUUGGUUUAUAGAAUAGGAAUAUUGAGAUUUGGAUCUAAUAA